CUGAUCACUGCAACAAUGUCUGACAAUGGAGACACUGAAAAAAAAGGUGGGGUCUGGGAUUUGGAUCAACAGCUCGACGAGCCCAUUGAUGAGGAGGCUAAAACGACGCGUUGUUCAGUGGGAAUGGUUCUACAGCUUGUAUUUCAAAGCCUUGGUGUGGUCUAUGGAGAUUUGGGCACAUCCCCCUUGUAUGUUUUCAAAAAUACAUUUCCUGCAGGAAUUGAUGACCCGGAAGAUUUACUCGGAGCUUGAUCGGUUAUCAUAUAUUCACUCACUCUUAUUGCACUCGUGAAGUAUGUUCUUAUAGUCUGUAGAGCGAAUGACAAUGGUCAAGGUGGAACAUUUGCUCUUUAUUCAUUACUCUGCAGGCAUGCAAAAAUAAAGACUGUUCCCAACCAAGACCAUAGCGAUGAGGAGCUAACAACAUUUAGCAGUUCUACUUUUGGUGAGAAAUCAUUUGCUGAAUGCACCAAGAGAUGGCUGGAAGGACAUGCAGUGAUGCAGAACAUACUUCUUAUUCUUGUCCUGAUUGGCUCUUGCGCUGUGAUAGGGAACGGGAUCCUGACUCCAGCCAGAUCAGUACUGUCAGCGGUUGGUGGGAUCAAUGUCGGAUGGCGUAGACGUGCUUGUUGCUGUUGUUAUACUGGUACUUUUGUUUGUCGUGCAACAAUUUGGUCCAGAAAAAGUUGGUUGGCUGUCUGCACCAAUUGUGCUCCUUUGGCUUAUCGUUAUUGGCCUGUGUUUGCUGUUGCAACUGCAGCUGCUAUUGUUGCAAGUCAGGGCAUCAUCACCGCCACUUUUUCAUUAGUCAAGCAAGCCCUUGCACUUGGCUGUUUCCCUCGAGUCAAAGUUGUACAUACAUCGAGGAACCCUCACCAUAUUUAUAUUCCAGACAUUAACUGGAUUCUUAUGAUUCUAUGCAUCUUCAUAGCAGCUCGGUUUAGAAAUCAAUUCGAAAUUGGGAACGCUGCUGGGACGGGGGUUCUUAUAGUCAUGAUAGUAACCACAUUUCUUAUGACGUUGGUCAUGAUAUUAGUUUGGCGCUGUCAUUGGAUUCUCGUACUUAUUUUCAGUGUCUUAACGUUGGUGGUGGAGGGCACUUACUUUUCAGCUAUACUCCCCAAGAUCAAUCAGGGAGUCUGGGUUCCUCUUGUGCUUACACUAGCCUUCCUUAUCGUCAUGUAUGGCUGGCAUUACGGUACAGUAAUACGCUAUGAGAUUGAGAUACACAGCAAGGUGUCGAUGGCAUGGCUUCUUGGACUUGGUCCUAGUUUAGUACUAGUUCGGGUACCUGGGAUAGGCCUCGUGUACUCUGACAUAGCGACUGGAGUGCCCCGCAUCUUCUCUCACUUUAUCACCAACCUGCCCGCCAUCCACCCUGUUGUCGUCUUUGUCUGCGUCCUACCUGUCUGCACACUCCCAGAAGAGGAACGGUUCCUCGUAAAGCGUAUUGGACCCCAAAACUUCCACAUGUUCCGUUGUGUUGUACGAUAUGGCUACAAAGACGACCACAAAAGGGAUGAUGAGUUUGAGAAGAAGCUCUUUGACAAUCUCUUCACAUUCGUCCGGCUUGAGUCCCUGAUGGAAGGAUCUUCGGGCUCUGAUGUGUCCAGUUUACUGAACCAGGACGCCACAUGGAACAAUCACAGCGCCAAUGCAGACCUGUCGAUAGCAUCAGUAGGCUCCCUUGAACCUGAUGAUUGUCCGGUGCAUAUCGGCCAGAGUUUGGCCUAUGCCUCUGUCCCGCCAAGCAAGCAGCUGGUGGAGCUGGACGGGAUAGAGUUCUUGAACCGGUGUAGAGAUGCAGGGGCGGUGCACAUACUUGGGAACACUGUCCUUCUGCCUUCUCCGUUAGACAAAAAAGAUGCAACAUUCAGAACUAGACUACUAGAGCGUGGAUUUUCCAACAGGCAGAUCCUCAACUUCGUGAAAAACUUACAUGCACAGGAUAUCAUCGGGUUUCGAAUGGCUGCAAGAAUGGCAACUGAUGAAAGCACUGAUACGAAUGGUAACGUUUGGGUUUUGGAUCAGCAGCUUGAUCAGCCCAUGGAUGAGGAGGCUAAAAGGUUGAGAAAUAUGUACAAGGAAAAGAAAUUUUCAGCAUUAUUGCUUGUGCAGCUUGCAUUUCAAAGCCUUGGUGUGGUAUAUGGAGAUUUAGGAACAUCUCCUUUGUAUGUUUUCUACAAUACAUUUCCUGAUGGAAUUGGUGACCCGGAGGAUUUAAUUGGAGCUUUAUCUGUUAUUAUCUACUCCCUCACUCUUAUUCCACUCCUGAAGUACGUUUUUAUUGUUUGUAGAGCAAAUGACAAUGGUCAAGGUGGAACGUUUGCUCUAUAUUCACUACUCUGUCGAUAUGCAAAAAUAAAGGCUAUUCCUAACCAAGACCAAACGGAUGAGGCACUAACAACAUAUAGUCGUUCUUCGUUUGGUCAGAAAUCAUUUGCUGCAAGAACCAGGAAAUGGUUGGAGGGGCAUGCAUUUAUGCAGAGCACGCUUCUUAUUCUUGUCCUAGUUGGCUCUUGCAUGGUGAUUGGGGACGGGAUUCUGACUCCAGCCAUAUCAGUUCUGUCAGCAGUUGGUGGGAUCAAUGUAGGCCACUCCAAGAUUAGUAAUGAGGUAGUCGUGCUUGUUGCUGUUGUUAUACUGAUACUUUUGUUUAGUAUGCAAAGCUAUGGGACAGAUAAAGUCGGUUGGCUGUUUGCACCAAUCGUUUUUAUUUGGUUUCUCGUAAUUGGAGGAAUUGGCAUGUUCAAUGUUUGGAAGUAUGAUAGUAGGGUUUUAAAAGCCUUUUCACCUGUAUAUGUAUAUCGAUUUUUCAAGAGGGGAGGAAAAGAUGGGUGGACUUCCCUUGGAGGUAUUAUGCUUAGUAUAACAGGUACUGAAGCACUUUUUGCUGACCUAUCCCACUUCCCAGUCCCGUCCGUGCAACUUGCUUUCACAUUGGUUGUAUUUCCUUGUCUUCUAUUAGCCUACAGUGGUCAAGCAGCAUACCUUACAAAACAUCCACACAACGUGAUUGGUGCUUUUUAUCAUUCCAUUCCAGACAAAAUAUAUUGGCCUGUGUUUAUUGUUGCAACUGGAGCUGCUGUCGUUGCAAGUCAAGCCACCAUAACUGCAACUUUUUCAUUAAUCAAGCAGGCACUUGCAUUAGGCUGUUUCCCAAGAUGUAAAGUCGUGCAUACAUCAAGGAAAUACCGUCACCAGAUAUAUAUUCCAGAAAUUAAUUGGAUUGUUAUGAUUCUCUGCAUUGCCGUGACAGCUGGGUUUAAAAAUCAAAACCAAAUUGGGAAUGCCUCUGGGACGGCAGUUUGUAUAGUCAUGCUGGUAACCACAUUGCUUAUGAUUUUAGUCAUGAUAUUGGUGUGGCGCUGCCAUUGGAUUCUUGUCCUGAUCUUCACUGGCUUAUCAUUGGUUGUGGAGGGCACUUACUUUUCUGCUGUACUUCUCAAGGUCAAUCAAGGCGGCUGGGUUCCUCUUGUGAUCGCAGCAGCCUUCUUUAUCAUCAUGUAUGUUUGGCAUUAUGGUACAGUUAAACGCUAUGAGAUGGAGAUGCACAGUAAGGUUUCAAUGGCAUGGAUUCUUGGACUUGGUCCCAGUCUAGGACUGGUUCGUGUACCUGGGAUAGGCCUUGUAUACACGGAGCUAGCAAGUGGAGUGCCCCGGAUCUUCUCUCAUUUUAUCACCAACUUACCGGCCAUCCAUUCUGUUGUCAUCUUUGUCUGCGUGAAGUACCUUCCUGUCUUCACGGUCCCAGAAGAAGAGCGGUUCCUUGUAAAGCGGAUUGGACCCAAGAGUUUCCACAUGUUCCGUUGUGUUGCAAGGUAUGGCUAUAAAGACUACCACAAAAAGGAUGAUGAUUUUGAGAACAAGCUCUUUCACAACCUAUUCGCGUAUGUCCGGCUUGAGUCCCUGAUGGAAGCGUCUUCAGACUCUGACUUAUCUAGUUUACUUGAGCAACAAACUAAUCAGCCAGCAGAUUGCGAGUUGAGCAAUGUCAGCAAUAUGCACCACUCCAAUCAAGUAGACCUGUCAAUUGCAUCAGUGGACUCGAUCAUGCCUGAUGAUUCUCCAUCGCAUGCAAACAACCCGACCUCCUUCAUUCCGGCAAGCAGCCAGGCCGAGGCUGAUGAGAUAGAAUUCUUGAACAACUGUAGAGAUGCAGGAGUGGUGCACAUACUAGGAAAUACUGUCAUAAAAGCCAGGAGGGAAUCAAAACUAUUGAAGAAGAUCGCUAUUGACUACCUAUACGCAUUUCUUAGGAAGGUGUGCAGGGAAAACAGUGUAAUGUUCAACGUUCCUCACGAGAGUCUCUUGAAUGUCGGGCAGGUUUUCUACGUAUAGCAUCUGCGCCAAUGUUGUAAACUUCUAACACUUCAAGCUUACAUAUUGUCAUCCAUUUCAGUUCACUGUAAGUUGUGGACCGAAAUCUAAGUCCCUCCCACCGGGAGAUUUUUCAGCCAAAUUUGUUUCAGUAACGAGUUUUCUGCUGUACUCCUCAAGGUCCAUCUAUUGUUUCAUAUUACUUCAAGUCUUCAAUGGUGGACAAAUAGAUUAAGCAGUGUGAUUUUGUGCU